AUGCCGGCUGCGAGACCGAGGGCUUCGUUUGAACCCAUACCACCGGAUUUCGACGUUCGAACUUUCGUCGAGACGGCAGACAACUUCCAGUAUGCGGACAGAAUCUCGUAUGAGAUGAUCGCCAAUAAUGGCAUGGAGCAGUUCGAGAAGCUUGUGCUGCUGCAUGUCGUAAUAGGAGGAAAACCACUUGUCAUAGACGGCUUUGAGGAAGUGUUGGACCCGUGGACGUUCACGCCGUCAUGGCUCCGCGAUAACAUGGGCGACAAGCCUGAGAAUGCGCGCAAUCUCACCACAAAAGAAAAUAUCCCCCUCACGAUUAAACACUACCUCAAGAACAUGGGCAAGCUUACUGAACAAUUCUUUGAGGACGCCGAGCGCUAUCGCGACAAGACUCGGCAGCGCGUCUACCUGAAGGACAUCGACUGCCCGAAUGUCUGGCGCAACAAAGUUGAAGAGCACAUCCCGUCGGGCCUAUUUUACCUCAACGAGAGCACCGGUGAGAUAGGUGGACCAGGAGCUCUCGAUGAGCCUGGCGGUCGCAAAGGCCGAGGAAUCGGUCGCGCAGGUGAUCUGAUGAGCAGUCUACCACCGGAAAUGCGAGCCGAGAAUCUUAUGUGCUACAUCGGCCACGAAGGAACGUACACGCCAGCCCAUCGAGAGAUGUGCGCAUCGCUCGGCCAAAAUAUCAUGGUGAACGCCUCUACCACAGUCAGCGAAGACGGAAAUCCUGAGCGACCAGGCUCUUCUUUGUGGUUCAUGACGGAAAUGAAAGAUCGACAUCUCGUAUCUGAAUACUGGUUAUCGACUCUCGGGCACGAUAUCGAGGUAGAGAACCACUUUGCUCAACUUAUUGCGUGGAGAAAAGCUCCGUUCAAGACGUAUGUUGUCGAGCAGCGACCCGGUGAUUUCAUCCUAAUUCCGCCGUUGGCCCCUCAUCAGGUCUGGAACCGUGGCACUCGCACUAUGAAGGUAGCCUGGAACCGAACAACCGUUGAAACCCUGGAAAUGGCUAUGUCGGAAGCGUUGCCAGCCUCACGCAUCGUUUGUCGAGACGAGCAGUACAAGAAUAAAGCAAUUAUUUAUUACACGCUUUUGAAAUACUCUGAUCUGAUCAAGAUCGCUCGAGCGCGGAGUGAAUUAGGAGGUGACCAAGAAGAACUUAUUCACCGGUCGCUCAAGAUCCGACAUGUUCAGCGCGAUUUCAAGAGGUUGUUUGAUCUCUAUAAGAACAUACUUCUUUCAGAAAUGUUCGCACCUGAAGCGCAGCAUGCCCGCGAACAUCCCGAUUUCCUGUCCUUCGAUGGCAAUGUAACGUGCGCUUACUGCAGAUGCAACAUCUUCAACCGUUUCCUGACUUGCAAAUCAUGCAAGAAUCUCUACAGUAAAGAAAUAGAGGAGCCUUACGAUGUUUGCAUGGAUUGCUACUGCAUGGGCCGAAGCUGUGGUUGCCAAUCGGGAUAUACAUGGGUUGAGCAAUGGAAGUGGAAAGAUCUUAUGCAUAGGUACGAGGAGUGGCGGGCUCAAAUAGUCGAAAUCGAUGGAAGCAUUACGGAAACAACGCCGCUACCGUUACCAGAAGAAAGGCGGUACUUCAGCAAGAAAACCCUUGCCCAAGUGUGUCAAGAGCAGCUCAAGUUGCGGCCCUUCGUAGACAUUAGGAAUCCCCAUCCUGUGAACGAGGAGUCAGAAGAAGACGAUCCGCAGAUUGACGCGAAUGGGUAUCCGAAACCGGCGAAGAAGAAGUCUAAGCAGUGGCUCAGUAAACACAAGUCCUGCCAUGUCUGUCUGAAACGACAUGCUAAAUGGAAGAUGGCUUUCUGCAGUAAUUGCGAUUAUGCCUACUGCUACGGCACCCUGUUCCGUGCACACGAUACGAUGCCCUUAGUCAUCAUGGAAGAUCCUGCCUGGAAAUGCCCACAUUGUAGGCGAGUUUGCAACACAGGCAAGUGUCGAAGCGAUCCUCGACAGAACUCGUACGAGCCCAAGGGCACCUUGUUGGGACAUGACACGAAAAAGGUAGCAGAUCCGCGAUCAGUGGAAUGCCUGGUGGACUUUGGCAUCUCGAACUUGAACUGGGUGCGAGAAGAGGAUGUGGCUAUGGCGAAUCGACGCGCAGCUGCUGAGCAGGAAAAACUGGCAAAUCCGGAGCUCGACGAUCGUUAUAUCGAUCUUGGUCAUGAGCCAAGUCGUAAUGGCAUCGCCUACUCACCAGUGGAUGAAAAUGGCUUUGAUGAUCACACAAAUGGAGCUAACGGUAAUGGACUACCACCAGCCCUGGAUGACCCCUUCGGUAAGAAACCUCUGCAUCCAGAUCCAGACCCGAACGGUGAGAUCCCGCGCCUUGGAAAACGCAAUCGCGAAGACGAGGACGAAGAAGAGAAUGCGAGUCGUCGGAAGAAGAAAAAGAAGCAGAAGAGAACCAAGGACGAUACGCCACAACGCCUUGAGCCGAAGAGUACAUCGGGGAAGCAAUAUCAGAAGGAAGUGCAACGGAAGCUUCUUGAAGAAGCUAAGCGUAAAGAUCGUUACAUCCUUGUAGCCGCAAGAAUGAAGGGAAAGUCCAAGAUAGUGAGAUUGCGACUGGACCCAGACCUUCUUGAGGCAAUACAGAACAGGCCUGUUCUUGAGCGCCCAGCACCUGAGCACGAACGCGAAACCAGUGAAGAACCGCUGGACGCUACAGGACAUAUUCUUCAGUCUGAUAUCAUGGCAGCUAGGAAACCGGCAGUCACCCCUGCUCAAAAAGAGAAGGCCCAGAAGACUUUCCGAGUCCGUGUGAACCAGGAUGAGACGUACUCUACGAGGAAGCGUAACCCAGAGGUCAGCUUGCCCAGUAAGCCCGGCCGUCCCGGUCAGAGACGUUCACGCUUCGAAGAGAUCACCAUCGAUUCUGAAGACGAAGAUGACGAUAUUACGACUGGACUUGGCGCACUGGAUGCCGGCCGGUCGACUGGUAGAACGUCCAACUGGCUGGCACGGAAGAACGAAGGUGAGGAAGACCUGCCCACAGAGCUGCCUGAAGACUUCAGGGAUGGUCUAAUCAACCCCAACCGCGAAAAGAACAUCGAGCGAAGUCGACUACGAAAUCAAGAGUUGGCCGAACGAAGGAAGUCAAUGCCAUCAAAACCAAUCGCCAAAGUUCGCCCACCUGGAGCAGGUCGGCCACGCAAAAGCACGAGUGGCCUCCCGGACCAAGCCGGUGCGGAUGAGGACGGUGUUGGCGAAGAAAAGGACCAGUCUGGCGAGACCAUCUUGCUCGCACAAACUGCCGCCUCCGCUCUCUAUGCCCAGCGUAAAGCCGAAGAGGAAAAGAGGCGUACCGCUGCCGCUGAGAAGGAAGCUCAAGAAAACCUUCGUGCGAAAAUGGGUAUCGCAGAGGAGUUCCUAUCGGAGAACGAGAACGAGUCUCUAAACGGCUUCAUCGACACACUCGCCGCCGAAGACGAGCCUCUCGCUCACGAGCGCGUCGCUGAACCUUCCUCGUCAUCCGCCGCCAACGGACCGCGUCUGCAGUCAACGAAUUCCCUCCUCUCGAAACCUGGCAUGGAGGGCAAGAAGAUCAAGAUUGUGUCUAAGCGCAGUGCUGACGGAGCUUCCAAGACGACUACCACGACGACGAUCAAGGCGCCGCUUGCGGGUUUUACGGCCAUCAAUAAGAAGCCGUCCAAGAGCAUCAACGUUUCCGAGUCGGAGUCUGAUAGCGAGGAUGAAAUUCCAGCCACGGCGCCAGUGACUAAGGAAGCGGUUGGUAGACGUCGCGGCCGCCCGCCGUUGGUUCCCACGAGGGGAUCUAGCUCGGGCCGUGGGAGGGGUCGACCGCGCGGUAGGCCGAGGAAGUCGGGCUGA